GGGUGGGGAAAAGUAACGUCUGGUUUGUGUGUCAAUGCUGAACUUCUAGGAAGUGUUGAAUAAAAUUCAACCGAGCACUGUUUCACCUGACGAGCAACGAUGGACAAGUUGCGUCGUGUAUUGAGUGGACGAGAGGAGAAUGAAGAAGUGGGACUUACAGCACAGAUCAUGGACGGCGCAACACUCAGUUUCGGCACACGGGUGAAGUGGUUUGUCAUUUGUUUUGCAGCAGGAGUCCUGUGCUCAAUACUUGGAACUGCACUCCUCUUCUUGCCCAAAGCUGGUGUUAAUUUGUUUGCUGUAUUCUACACCCUUGGAAAUGUUGCAGCAAUUUCAAGCACCUGUUUCCUGAUGGGCCCAUUCAAACAGCUGAAGCGAAUGUUUGAGCCCACCAGGCUCAUAGCCACUAUUAUGAUGCUGCUAUUCCUUGUGUUGACAUUAUGUGCAGUGUUUUGGUGGGGCAAAAGGGGUCUGGCGAUCAUCUUCUGCAUUUUGCAAUUUUUGGCUAUGACAUGGUACAGCAUCUCCUACAUUCCAUUUGCACGGGAUGCUGUUAUUAAGUGUUUCACCUCCUGCUUGAGCUAAACUAUCCAGUAUUUCAUCUGACGGUCAGACCUGCAUAGUAAAUAUGUAAAAAAAAAAAAAAAAAAGAAUUGUUUUUCUCUUUCUUCUCCAAACCACACUGUCCUCCAUGACCUUAAAACAUCUCCUCUUUUGUCUUAAUAUAAUAAUUUUAAAUGAACAUUGAGUAAUAUUAAGGGUGAAUAUGUAAUAUUUGCAUUUAUUAUGAGCCUUACUUUUUUUUUUUUCUUUCUAAGGCUUUUUUGUUAUUUUUAUUUUGUGUGUGGCGGAUAAAUGCUUAAUAUACUGCCAGUAGAAAAAAAAAGUGCCUUGUUAUUACAUGAGAUGUUUAUGAAUGAACUCAAAUUACUACUGUUCACUUUUGUACAGAAAAAAAAAAUGCAUUUCUACCAAAUAUAUUAACAAAAAAUGAGAGAAAAGCCUUUUCGUAUGAUACCACACACACACCAAAUGAAUAAAUGCAAUACUCAAAAUUUGUUCUUUCAUUGGUUUGUGAUGUUAUUUGUCUGUCAAAUGUUAUAAUCUUCUGGCAGAUGUGUUCAGAAUAACGAUGUGUAUAAUGUUGGAUGUUUGAGCCCAAGGCAACUCAGACAGCUGUCUCACCACGCACCGAGUCUCAGGAGAUCAGCUGAUGGUAUUCCAUCCGUCUAACCUGCGCUUUCUUUUUGUGCUUCAUCUACAAUAUGUUUCUGUUUAAUAAACCUAUACCAUUGUACAGAUCUGUUCCUUA